GUAGCGUAACUAACGUAAAGAAUGGAAUCGCUGUUGUUCAAUGAAAACAAGAGAAGAAUAAUGAAUGCGCAAUUAACAUUAAUCAGCGUUUUAUCUGCACUUGAAUAUAACAUGGACUUUUUAUUUAUCUGUGCAUUUAGUAACGAAUGGUUCAUCGUUACAGCAAUGCACAAUAUAAUUGCGUAAAGAAAUCUCUGCCUGCAAAUGACAUCUGUCACAAUUAUAUCGCAUUUGCGUGACGUAACAUAGGACAGGCGGUGGAAAAAACAAAUUCGGUUUGCGUUUCACGGAACAUUUUUUGUUUUUAUUCGACAGCGAUCACGUAAAAUUGCCGCUUUUCAAUAAUUUUUUUUUUGUUUGCCGUCGUCUGCGCGCGUGUUUUCCUCUUUCUUUCUAUCCUUGUCGACCGGAAGGGAGAAACCGAUGUGGGCGAAUCGUGAAAUUCACUGAAACCUGGGGCCGGAAAAUUCCAGCGAACGAAACAUAAAAUAAAAGUAAAUAUAAUAAUAGGACGAAUAAGAAGAAGAGAUGGGCGAUCUGUCACAGAACGUGGAGGGAACCGCUGCUUCCGGUACGGAGGAAUGUAAGCAGUCCAUCCAACUGCUGAAAGAGACCAAAGAGUUGGCGGACAUCACCAACGAGGCGGCCGGAGCUGCGGACCCGGAAGCUUCGAAAGGGGCGGAAGCGGCGAAGGGGAGCAGCGGAGGAGCCCCGAAGGACAUCGAGACUGUUUUCGAGAACGUCGGCAUGGAGAAGACGAUCUCUUCUGUGGCGCCGUUGGAGGCCAUGCCGGAUCCACCGCACGAAAUUUCCAAUACGAUCCAGAGCGCAGAGAGCGGCAGGAUGAACAAGCUGCGCGAUCACAGCAGCAACAUUUUUCCCGCUGGGAUAAUGGGAUGCAAAGAGGAGGCGAUCAUAAGCCCGAGGCGAUUCCUGGACGCGCAGGAAGCCUCCAAGGACAGCAUCGGGCACAUCGAGAACAUGCCGAGGAAGAUGCCGUCCGCAAGCAAAUCCGAUCACAACAGGAAUCCACUGACGGGUCUCGGGCUUGGGGCCAGCGACGAGAUCAAGAAGGCGGCAAACAAAAGAUCCGAUGGAAACCCUGUGCUAGGAGUUGGUUACGACAAGAAGAUCUCCAACAGUACGACCCGCAUUCCGCCGGGAGGCUUCUCGCACGGCCUCUGGUAGGAAAUAGCGUGCGAACUCCACCAACACCACCACCGUCCUUCUUCUCGUAUAGUCCAAGUGUACGGACUAUUUAGAAAAAACACAGCCCAAAAUUCUCAAUAAAACUUAUGGCA